AUGGGUCAGACCUUAUCAGAGCCGGUUACAGAGAAGACGUCUGCGGAUGGCCAAGAUGAUUGCGUUUUGUACGGAGUAUCGGCGAUGCAGGGCUGGCGGAUUAGCAUGGAAGAUGCGCACGCCGCCAUUCUUGAUCUGCAAGCCAAGUAUCUGAGCAAGACCAACGAACCCACCUCACCCGACAAGCGACUGUCUUUCUUCGGUGUAUACGACGGACACGGCGGCGACAAGGUUGCCCUCUUCUCCGGGGAGAAUGUGCACAAGAUUGUCGCGAAGCAGGCGACGUUUGAAAAGGGAAAUAUCGAGCAGGCGCUGAAAGACGGGUUUUUGGCCACUGACCGCGCUAUUCUGGAGGAUCCGAAAUACGAAGAGGAGGUCUCUGGAUGUACCGCAUCGGUAGGAGUGAUCUCCCGCGAUAAGAUCUGGGUGGCCAAUGCCGGAGACUCGCGGUCCGUUCUCGGAGUCAAGGGACGCGCAAAGCCAUUGUCGUUUGACCACAAGCCUCAAAACGAAGGCGAGAAAGCGCGUAUAAGUGCGGCGGGAGGUUUUGUCGACUUUGGACGAGUAAACGGCAAUCUCGCUUUAUCGCGUGCCAUUGGCGAUUUCGAAUUCAAGAAGAGCGCCGACCUCGCCCCUGAACAACAAAUAGUCACAGCAUACCCCGACGUGACAACGCACGAGAUCACCGAGGACGAUGAGUUUCUCGUGAUUGCUUGUGAUGGUAUCUGGGACUGUCAGUCUUCUCAGGCCGUUGUAGAGUUUGUUCGAAGAGGCAUUGCAGCCAAGCAGGACUUGCACCGUAUCUGUGAGAACAUGAUGGACAACUGCUUGGCAUCCAACAGUGAAACUGGCGGGGUGGGCUGUGACAACAUGACCAUGGUGAUCAUCGGUCUCUUGCACGGAAAGACAAAAGAACAAUGGUACAACAACAUUGCAGAGCGAGUUGCAAACGGCGACGGACCUGUUGCUCCUCCCGAAUAUGGCAAGUCUGAAUUCCGAGGCCCGGGUGUUCGCCAUCAGUUCGAUGACGGAGCGGAUGACUAUGACCUGGACACCGGCAACCCGGCGAACAGGGGAUUCGGGCUCCGUCAGGGCCGGAUCAUUCUGUUAGGGGAUGGGACUGAAGUGCAUGCGGAUCAUGAUGAUGAUGAUGAUGAUCUCUUCGACCCUACCGAGGAAGACAAAGACUCGGGAAAUCAGCCCAUAGGGGCUACCGUGAAGACACUCCUGGGCCCCAGCUUACGCACAACUCAGCUUCAGAAUGACGAUAAAGAAGCCAAUGUUACGACUCCGCAUGUGUCGGCUUCGCCGUCUUCGAUUGCGCCGGAGCCGUCGUCAGGCAAGGGCAGUGAAGAGAACGAAUCCAGCGCCGCCAAGUCGAAUGAAUCCUAG